CGGGAUUAUGUUGGCAAGCUUCUAAAUAUGAGGAUCCACAGAAACACGGUGAUAUUCCCAACGUCUUUUUUCUUUGUCUUUUUAAAAAUUGGAAUUUGCAUGUCAAAUUUCAUGAAUCACAUUUUUUUUUUCAGACAAUCCGCAGACUCGCCGCUAGAGGCGCUGACGAGACGGGACCCAUUUGAGAAGUGAAGAUGGAAAAAAAAGGAAACAGCACAGUCUACAUAAAAGUCCUUAGAUUUGAGGUUCACUUCAUAAUUUUUCACGCUUUUGGGCCAAAAAACGCGCUGCAGAUAUUAUCUGCAUUUCCUGUAAAUCAGGACGUGAAUAUACUUGCCACAACACGUUUGUUUCCCUCUGUAAAAUAGUAUAGCAACAAAACACACUAAAACAGGUUCAAAAGACUAUUGUUCAAAUUUAGGCAACAAACUGUCAAACAAGUAACUUGAGGGUCUAACAGAAGAGUUUUCCUCAUCCAAGCAGAUGAAAAAGUAGUUUGGCCAUAAAUAUAAAAAACUUGCUCUGCAUACGCAAAUUUGCUAUUACAAGGAAAACUACAGCCGAGUUAUUUUUUCUUAUCUAACCCAAAAGAUGGGCCAGCUGACGUGAUAUCAGCCACAUAAAGGCAUUGUGUGAAAUUAAUGCAUUUGCAAAUUGAGAACCUGCCCUUGCAUGAUGGCGGAUGAAUGUGUCCGUGGGGCAGUCCGCAACAUUAAUAUACCUCACCAACAGUGAAACAUCGGCCGCCAGUGGCGUGGACAUAUCAGGAAGAGAACAGACAAAUUCAUUGAAAUCAAAUUUGGGAGCUCUGUUUCUAGAAGAGAAAAAAAAUGCCCCGGAAAGACCCACUCGUUUCGUCAUUUUGAGAUCCGAAGGGGAGGAUUUCUUCAUUCCCAGAAAAUUUCUCCGCAUGACCCGCAUCAUUUUGGGAGGUAACAAAGUGGAGCACCCGCGUCUUUCCUCAUUCACAAAUGAUACAAUGUAACGGGCGCUUUGAUCGCAAUCAUCCGGAGCUCAUGUUUGUGUGCGCGAUCGUACUCUUGUUUGGCUGAUUUCAAGAAAAGCAGGCUAGGAAGGAGACGAAAUAGAAGAGAGCAGUUGACUCCUGCGAGCUCUGCACCACAAGUUUCCUUAGCUGUAGCUGAGCAGACCUGGAGUCAUGAGUUGUCAGGAGGUGCCGAACCCCAGCCAGGAGCCGAAGGACACGGCCGUAGUCCCUACAGAAGCCGGCGCCACACAGGCGGUACCAACGACGUCCCCGAAGCUUCCCUCAGUCAGCGUAAAAACAGAGGUGGCGUCCCCCGUUGAGUCUGUGGCCAGUAACGGUAAAGCGAGUGAUGGCAACAUUCCUGCUGAGAUCUGCGUGGUUUUGGGAAGCUCUCGCAACUCUCAAACACAAGGCUCUUACAUUUGUGGAGUAUGUGGCAAAAAGUACAAGUACUACAACUGCUUUCAGACGCACGUCCGAGCUCACACAGAGACUGAGGCUGCUGCUUCUGGAGAAGGAGCAUCUCUGGGAAUCAAUAGUUCUUUCCGCUAUACAUGUGACGUAUGUGGGAAAAAAUACAAGUACUACAGCUGUUUUCAAGAGCACAGAGACCUCCAUGCAGUUGAUGAUCCGUAUGACCAUGUGAUACCAGUAGAAGAUCUUAAAGAGGAGACUGAAUCCUACCAGAAAAUGGGACCAAAAACGGGAAGCUACACGUGUGAGUAUUGUGGAAAACAGUACAAAUACUUCAACCCCUAUCAGGAGCAUGUGGCUCUUCACGCUCCAAUGAAGGGAAAUUACGGCCUUAAAAUGGAAGGGAAAAUGUCUAGCCCGUCAGGCCAGUCCAGCCGCGCCGACAUCAACAAUUCCCAGAACUCGAGUGAAACUCCGAACAGCCGAGCCUAUUCUUCCCGUCCCAGCCCUCAGAAAACCUACACGUGUGGAGCCUGUGGAAUUCAGUUCCAGUUCUACAACAACCUCCUGGAGCACAUGCAGUCCCAUGCUGCUGAUAAUGAGAACCAUGUUAAAGAUGAGUCUCCGAAGCCUUGCCAAGCGCCUGUGGCCACACAGGAGCAGAUGUGGAAAUCUCCUCAGCCGGCACAACAGAGGAACCACAUACCGUCUUUUCAGAACAGAUUGCUGCCAGAAAAGGAAAGACAACAAGUGGCUGAACGUUUACUGAGAGUAAUGUGCGUAGACCUUGGCCUUCUUGGUGUCCUCAGCAGCAAAGACUUCCUGAAGCUUGCGCAGACCCUGGUGGAUACGGGUUCACGUAACGGGGCCUACUCCAUUCGCGAAGCCCUUGGAGAUAUGAGCUCGCUGGCAUUAAAACAGCUCCCCCGUAUGUACAAUCAGGUCAAAGUGAAAGUCACCUGCGCCCUGGGUUCCAACUCUUCCUUGGGCAUUGCAGUGACCUGCCAUUCCCAGACCAUAGGGCCAGACUCCUGCUAUUUGCUAACAGCGUAUCAAGUGGAGGGUGUGCGACUCCGCCGCUAUGUGCUGGGUCUCAAGGAGGCCUCUUUAAGGGAAAGUCCUGAGCAGAUACACCACUGGGUCCAGAAUGUUCUGUCAGAGUUUGUCAUGUCAGAAAUCCGCACGGUCUACGUGACAGAGCCACGCUUGUCUUCGUUAGCCUUUUGCGGUCGCACCGGAAUUGGCCUCCGUUGCGCGGGUUGCUCUCUGACAGCCACGGUUCAAGCUGUUCUCGGGCGCCGCAGCCUUCAAGCACGAGGGCUCCAUGAACUGGGAGAGCUUCUGGCUACCUGCCGUGACAUCGCUGCAACGACCAGUUUCAGUCACGAAGGGAAAUCUGCGGAAGAGCCUGCCGCGCCACCCUGCUGGGAUCUGGUCGCAGAGGCCUUGCUCAAGGUUCACGAGAACUUCGAGGCCACCUGCGAAGUGUAUGGCCGUUCAAAGAGCACUGUGCCGCUCUUGCAAGGCCUGAACAAGCACCUGCUUGGCACGCUUGCGUGUUUGCUUGCGCCGCUAAGGCAGGCAGCACAGGAGCUGAGUGUGGAACGCUGCCCCACGCUCCAACACGUCCUUCCCGUCUACCUCCGUCUCGAAAAACUUUUCACCUCCAAAGCCGGUGAAGCGGGUGCUGGCAGUAAGCUUUGCCACUACUUCCUGGAAGCCCUGAAGGAGAACUUCAAAGUGGAACGUGUCCAUCAAGUCGCAAUGAUCCUGGAUCCACAGCUGAAGCUGCGGCCAGUCCCUGCGUACCAGCACGAGGACAUUAUCUCAAGGGUGUGUGACAUGGCUGCUAACAUGAGGGAAGUGGGAAGCGGUGGUUCUGGGGGUACAUCCGUGGACGAGCGGGAUAGCGAAGGACCGUCGGCAGCCAAGCGUGGCCGCCUGGACUGCGGAUUGGAGAGGCCGUCGUGUGAUUCUGAAGAGCCACAGGUACGAAAAGAGUUGUUCCAGUACCUCGGCGAACCACUGUUCAAUGGCACGGGUGACCUGUUGCAGUACUGGAGCUCAGUCAUGGACCGAUACCCCAGGCUAUCACGGUUAGCGCUUUGGUUGCUGGCUGUACCGGCUGUAGCUGUGCAUGGAGAGUGCGUGAGCAUCUGUGAGCAGACCUUAGCCAUGAAGAGAAAGCAGCAGGUCACUGCAGAGGAAAUGAACAAGCUGGUCUUCCUCAAGAGUAAUUUUGCUUGAGACGGCUCAGGGCUUUCAGCUAAUGGCACCAUAGACUGUUUGAAAUGGAGACUUUUUGAACCAGACGUACCGGUCACUUCUCUUUACCCCUUCCAAAAAUCCGAUUUACCGUAAGUGUCUAUCAGUGAGGCACAUGAUUUACCAAGGAAAGGUACAUUAACAACUACUUCACAACACCCCUUCAGACCAUACAGUAGCUUGGCAUUGGCUGUGGCAACCGAAGCAACUUGAUGAAGAUACAGUCUGCCCGAGGACACGGACGUGAACUUGUGUUUUCGAUGUUUCAGUUGGACUACCGCUUAAAAUUGUGAUGUGUUUUUAUCAGUAUGUGGUUCAUCCAUCUCUUGUUUCUUUCUGUGGAAUCCAUCUGAAUUCAUUCAGUCAAUGGAUUAAUGAAAUCAUACACGACAUACUUUCCAUCUAGCGAAGGAAAAAACGGGGUACUUAGAAAAAGCCAUUUUUUUGCAAUUACGCCUUUAUAAAAAACCACAAACACUCUUUGCUGUGACAUCUGAACGAUACCUCUCUUUAGCAGUUUAUCAGAGGGCAGAUCAAGCUUCUAGUGGUGUAAGUCUUGUCGUAGGAAGGCCCUGAUUCAGAAAUCUCAGUUAACCGGUUUGAGUGUGUUAAGCUCUUGUUCAGCCUCAGGAGUUUAAGGCCAGCAGAACUCAAAUUUAUACUUGGGUCACAUAGAUAAAUGGUUUUGCAGUUAUUUAUUUUAUUUUAUUUUUUUGUCAGUUCUCACAAUAACGUUGCAAUAAAUGUUCCGUAGCAGAAGUUAUACUGUCAAGCUGACUAUGAUGCCUUGCACCUUUGUAGCAGCCUUUUUUCCAUUACAACUCACUGGGAUCAUUUCCUUCUACAAUACAAUCUGCAAUACCUGAAACAGCCACUUAAACCCCAAGAUUGGAUCCCCAAUAAUAUUGGGUCAUGGAAGUAUAUAGGAAUGAUCUGAUGUUGUGCGGAGUUGGUCCAGUGGAUCUUGAUUUUUUUUUUUUUAUUAUUAUUAUUAUUCUUUUUUUUUCCUUCUCCAGAUAUUGUUUCUGAAAAAGUGGGAAUAGGGCUAUGAAAUGCAGAAACUGUCUGUCUCUCACUGUCUCAGUACAAACCUCCUCGAACAGAGGCAGCUAAUUGCAUUAUUGUUUGAAUGCAUUUUUAAGAGGAUAAAGCUAAACAAAUAUUUCAUUAUUUAUGCACUGGAUUUCUCUUAUCAUUAUUUUCAUCAUUUAUCUGCAGCAGGUAAUUAGAUUAGCGAUAACAUUAACUAGAGAAAACAUCGCCUAGAUUAGGACCAAAGUAUCUUUUAAAAGUAGUUUGUCAUUGUGAAUAAUUGCCAUUUCUAAACAGAUUUGUAGAGUUAUCUCAUAAUGCUCACGCUUCCUCAUAACGGAUUCGCCCUCAUAAAUUUCCACUGCCUUUGAACAACUGUUUAUUUCAAAAUUGUUCUAGUAAACAGACAGAAGCAACAAUUUUCACUUCCAUGAUAAAAUAAAUGAUCUUCAAGAGUAUUUUGCAGUAGUUUUUCCAAGGAAAGAUGUGAUUUAGUAUUAUAUAGUUUGUCUUGUAAUGCCUUGAACAUCUUUGUGUGAUUAUACAGAUAUGCAUGCAGACAAUAUAAGAGUUUUUUUGUUUUGUUUUGUUUUUUGUUUUUUUAAUCUUUAAUAAAAUGGCAGAGAUCUACAAACGCAUAGUCAGUGUUCACACAACAGCAGAAUACUGUUGUCAGUCCUGUUUCGAGUGCUAAAUACGAUUUUGUUCACGCGCAGAUCUCACAAAAGAGUGACAGCCGCAUUCUGUAACAGUAGUGUUGGACUUUUCUGGAGUCACAACCAAAUUUUGAGGGUUCAACUAUAUAUGCUGUAGGACUGAAAUGGCAGUGAAGCAGUCUAUCGCAUUAUUGAAAUGAGUUAGCAUGAGGUGUGCGCUUACGGCUGUCGACCUCUCUCAGGUUAUGUAAAAUGGUGGUACUGUGUAGUAAAAGAGGGAGUGAGACAAAACUCUUUAAGUAUUUAGGAAAUAGGCCUACAAAGGGGGAAAAACAUUACCGGAGAGUUUUUGUCUUUUAUAGUCUAUUGACUAUCAUUAUCUGUUCCCAUGGUUACAGGCGUUAUUUGCCCUACGUAGAAGGGAACUGACCGUAUAGACAUUAUAGGCACUGUUGUAGGUACAGGACAGUUUGAGAAUCGCACCUGCAAAUAAAUACGGUUGUUAAUCCCAAACACUGACGUACACACCACAAAAUUGAUGGAUUGCUAUGAUAAUCAUAGCAUACGCUCGUUUCGGCGUCUCACCGCUGGUGAACAAGAAAUACGUUUGACAACAGUUUGACCUAUUUGGUGUCCGUUACGUUUGACCAAAGAUUAGCCACCAAAGAUGCACUGUGUUGUGCAGUUUUACCUAAACCACCGUUGACAGAGGCAUUUUAUUUAUGCUUGUGAAGCGGCUGCUUUUUAACAGUACGCUUUGCAUUGUUGCCUUUUCUGCUUAUUAUAACCUUCUUUGUGCUUCCCAGUAAGGUCACUAAAAUAUGAGCAACAUACAGUAUUUGUUUUUAUUUUAUUUUUAAGGUUUAUUUUGCUGUAGAGAGAUAGAAUUUUGUUGAGUCAAGACACAUACCUCUUUUCCAGUGCUGUCUUCAAUGUGAGAGACUUGUGUCUUUAUGAGACAUCAACAAGCAGUAGUUUAGUUUAUUUCCUUUUUGGUGGUACUGUUUGAGUGUAAUGUUAAUGUUGUUGUCGCUACUUGAGAUUUUUUUUUUUUUUUUUUUUUUUUUUUAAAGAGUUAAGUUGGUUGUUGAGUGGAAUAAUGCCUCGUUCCAAACUAAGUCAAAGGCGGGAAACUGAAAUUUCCUGCUUCCAACCUCAACGCCUUCAGGUCAAUCACACGUCACAAGAUGGCGCCAUGACUCAGCGUGAGCAUUUCGUGUUCAUACACCAGUUCUGAACAAAAGCAACAGUAAUGAACACUAAACGUUCGUGUUAACAGCGAGUCGUAAAAACAAAAACAAAAAAACGUUGUAUAUUAUUGUGUAAUGUACAUCUUGUAUGCCACAUGGUGAAUUUACUGUUGCGAUAUGCUCGUCAGUCACCGCCACUUUUCAACUAGCUUUUUUAAAAGAUCGUGAUUGAAUGACCUACCCCGACUGAUGUCCAACUUUAAACAUCGUUCCAGUCAUUUUUUCCACUAGUAGGAUGUGGGAAAGAGCUCCGAUCUGGCUGAACGUAAAAUAAGCACUCAGUAGAGGAGUAACAACCGUAUUUAGCUCCAGUGUGUACAUGGCCAUUGUGUGAUCGCAUCCAUACAGCCUGAAUUGCUUAAAAGCUAAUACAAAACUCAUCUGCUGAAGAGAAAAGGAGUAGGGACGCAUGUUGAUCGGGCUUGGUAUCUCAUACCCCAAAAUACAGAUAAUGAUACUGGCUAGCAUGUGCAGAAAUGUUCGUAUGUAAAAAAAGGACUUUGAAAAACCUGGCCCAGAAAUAGAAACAGCUGCUGUUAAAUAUUGUUGUUUUUCUCUGUAACCACAAGAGGGCAGAAGUGUCUCAGAAAUCUGUCUUUGCAAAGAGUCUCCAAACAUCUUACCUCUGUUUUCUAUUCAAGCAUUUCAGCUAUUUUGAUAAACUCAGUCUGUGAAAAUGUCAGACUUCAUGAAGGUUUUCCUUUUUUCUGUGUUGUUUUUUUUUUUUUCCUCCCUCCUUUUUUUCUUCUUCCUCCUGGACGAAUGUGUAUAUUUUUUGGGGAAACAUGAAAACUGGUUAAAUGCAAAAUGCUCUUGAGCAGCAGUCAAGUUUGUGUUGACAUACUAAUCUCUGGAAGUACAAAACACUGUUUUAAUCACAACUAUUUAUGGAUGUACAACAAUUAGUAAUAUCAUUCAUUCUGUUUGUUUGAGAGUUUGUUUUCCCCCCAUUAUAGUCCAGCCUACAUUUGUCUUUGACAGGCAUUUUUUUUUUUUUUUUUUUUUUCUGAUUUUGUGUAUUAAGUUGUUUCAGCUGUAGGUCUAAUUUAUACUUUUUUAACAACACUAUUUUUCUAAACAUGACUGAUAGAGUUUUUUCUCUCCUUAUCAACUGUCAGUAGUACACUGCGCUGUUCUAAGAAUCUAUCUACUCCUGUAGUAUGUGCUGUGUGAAUAAAAUAUCCUCAAACAAG